AUGGGGCAAGGCUCUCCCACACUGUUGUGCGAUCGGUCCAAAACAGAUGAGUUUACCUACAACUUCCUGACCGAGUUCUUCCUCCUCUACGACAACUUGCCGAUUUGGUUCCACCGCUUGAUUUCCUUCAACUUCGCAUGGAGGAACGUGCCAGUCGGAGGUGCAUCCCCUGCGUCGGCUGUGCAGAACUAUCUCUACGACCGCACCAUCUCAAUGAGCCUCGUGGGCGUGCAGGCGCUCACGUCCUUCCCGGCGCAGCUGGCAAAGAUGGACUCUCGCGCCACGCGGCUUCUGGAGCUGCGCGAGGCUCUGGAGCUGGCCGGCCGGGACCAGCCGCCUGCUCUGGGCGAGGAGCGCUCGAAUGUUGCUGUGCGCAACCUGACGCUGGCGACGCCCAAUCGCGUCACCUUGGCAGAGGGCCUGACGUUCCAGGUCGAUAAGGGCGCACCGAUCCUCAUUACGGGUCCGAAUGGGGCCGGCAAGACCGCGUUGGCCCGGGUUCUGCUGGGACUCUGGAACACCUCUGGACGGGACAUGCAGGUUUCAGUUCCACGCUCCUUGUCCAUUGUACCACAGAGGCCAUAUUUGGCCCCUGGCUGUUUAGGGGACCAGGUCACCUACCCCAAGCGCUUCCGGUUGGACCAAGAUGCAGGACAAGCAGGAAAGGCGCUGAGUGCGGUUGGGUUGGAGCAUCUGCUGGAACGGCAGGAGCAUGGUUGGAAUGCCUACUGCGCGUGGGAGGAAGUACUUUCGGGCGGGGAGCAGCAGCGCUUAGCCCUGAGCCGCGCCUUGUUCCACCAGCCUGAUUUCGCAUUGCUGGAUGAGUGCACAUCCAUGGUGGCAGCGGAUGCGGAGGAACGCCUGUAUGACGGUGUCACAGCUGCGGGCGUCACUCCACUGACCAUGUCGCAACGACUCUUCCUGCCGAAGCUUCACAAGCAAGAACUUCGUCUUGGCGUCGAUAGCGCAUCGAGAUGGUCUCUCGCCCAACUGCAGAAUGGCAGUGGCUGA